UUUGCUGUAUAUCUGUAUCUUCGGUGCUAUAUCUGGGAACGGAAAUCUUCCUGAGAGAAGGGUUGCUUAUAUUAGGAAAUUUAGGGCUUUGCGUGCCAUUGCGAGGAGAUUUGGCAUAGAAGUUUGGAUUUUCUUUGUGCAGAUCUUUAGUUGCUGUGCUUCUGAUUAAACGCACGAUCCUUUUAUCCGAAUUCAAGUUUUGGGAAGAAGAUUGAGAAGGAAUGGCGAUGAUGGUAGAUCCUCCAAAUGGCAUUCGAUCUGAGGGAAAGCAUUACUACUCCAUGUGGCGAACCUUGUUUGAGAUUGACACAAAGUAUGUCCCUAUCAAGCCUAUAGGCAGAGGAGCUUAUGGAAUUGUUUGCUCAUCUAUUAACAGGGAGACAAAUGAGAAAGUUGCAAUUAAGAAAAUCAAUAAUGUCUUUGAUAAUCGCAUUGAUGCCUUGAGAACUUUGCGAGAGUUGAAGCUCCUUAGACAUUUACGCCAUGAGAAUGUUAUUGCCUUGAAGGACAUCAUGAUGCCUGCACAGAACAAGAAUUUUAGGGAUGUCUAUCUUGUUUAUGAACUGAUGGAUACUGAUCUGCAUCAGAUUAUUAAGUCGCCUCAGCCACUUUCAAAUGAUCAUCUUCAGUAUUUUCUCUUCCAGCUACUUAGAGGAUUGAAGUACUUGCACUCAGCAAAUAUACUUCACAGAGACUUAAAGCCUGGGAAUUUACUUGUCAAUUCCAACUGUGACCUCAAGAUCUGUGACUUCGGCCUAGCUCGCGCCAGCUCUGGAAAAAGCCAAUUCAUGACAGAAUAUGUUGUGACUCGCUGGUAUCGAGCCCCAGAACUUCUCCUUUGCUGCGAGAAAUAUGGAACAUCUAUUGACGUUUGGUCCGUUGGCUGCAUCUUUGCUGAACUUCUAGGCCGCAAGCCUAUCUUCCCUGGAACUGAAUGCCUGAAUCAGCUCAAACUCAUCAUUAAUGUCCUUGGCACCAUGAAUGCUAAUGAUAUUGGCUUCAUAGACAACCCAAAAGCUCGAAGAUUCAUAAAGUCUCUCUCAUAUACUCCAGGAAUUCCUCUAAGUUCUCUUUACCCAAAUGCAAAUCCUUUGGCCCUUGAUCUUUUGGGAAAAAUGCUUGUUUUUGAUCCAUCAAAGAGAAUAAGUGUCGCUGAAGCACUGGAGCAUCCAUACAUGUCUGGUCUGCUAGAUCCAAAUGCUGAUCCUGCUCCUCAGGUUCCUAAUGAUCUUGACAUAGAUGAAGAUAUUGAAGAAGAUGUAAUCAGAGAGUUGAUGUGGGAGGAGAUGCUUCAUUACCAUCCUCAAGGUUCCUGUUUGUUGAACUGUUAGUUGUUUCCACUUGGUUUCAGGAGUUUAGCUCAGGAGUGUUUGUAUUGCAAUAAGUUGCUUUUUGUUUGUUUUAGCUGAUCUUAUCGGAUUACUUUGGUUGUCUUGCGUUUUGUGUAUAUAUAUACGUAUUAAUGUGUUUAAUGUCUGUAGGGUGUGUUUGACCAUCCUUCCAAAUUUUGUUGGCUUUAUGUAAUGACGUUAUAAAGCAAUUGUGGUUUCAGCACUUUUUGUUUGA